CUGGUUUUUCGGCUGAAGAAUAUUCGGAUAAUUGUUGGAUCAAAUGAAUGAAACAUAAACAGCUGUUUGAGACGAAGAAAGCUAUGCGACACCGCUCCUGGUAACCAUCGGUGAUGUAGUAAAUUGUUGCGGUGAGUUCACUUUGCUCUGUUUGACGCCGAAUUCGUAUGGAGGAUUGAUAUCGUGCCGCAUGUCCUGAAAUUUAGGAUUGGAGUCAAAUCUUCCAUUCCGUCUGUAGACUUUACUAGCUGUGUCAACCAUUCUACCUGCUCGUUGUCUUUAGAAUGGCUGACCAUACUUCUGAGUCCUCGCAUAAUGUCUCCUACAGACUUCAAGCACUGCUAGCGUUUGCAUAGCAACUCAGGUGACCAGCCAAUAGGUAGUGAGAGCCUCAUAUUUUCCUUAGCACAGCUUGUGUGAGCCACCCUAUUAAUUAGGGCCACCAGAAGAAUGGAUGAUAAUUUUGUGAAGAUUGGCGGAGACCAUAAGCCUGGAGCAGGUUGGGAAAAAUGGCAGAUGUAUGCUUUACACAAGCUUGCUGGCGAUGAUGCGGACAGCUACAAGACAGUAAAGAAGGCUCUGUACAAUGCUGCAGUAAAUGUCUCCUUUAUUUUGGCCGCGGCAGUUGCUUGUGCACUGUAUUUCGUCUUCUCGGCAUUCACACGUCCUCUACUAUGGGCAGUGAUGUGUGGUACGUUCCUAUUCCCAAUGAAGAGUGCUGCGGCAGCUACAGUAUUGGAUUGGCUGGCUUCACUUGAAUUGACGGACCGCCCAUUGCUUAUAGGCGUUCUCCUGAUGCCUUUUCAGCUGCUGAAGAGUUGCGCUGAUUUAAUUGAGCAUAUCGUUUGGUCCAAUUGGAAGUCACUAGCGCUGCUGUGCUGCGGUAUUUCCCUGAGCGUCUGCUACGAGAUUCUACCCGUAUGGGUUGCAUUCACGUAUACAUUUCGAGGUGUGUCGUGGCUGGCCAUAUCUACUCUGGACUUUGCGGCAAUGCAUCAAGUUGAGGCAAUGACAUUGGCUGUAGGGCAUGUUCUCUGCGUCCUGAUCCUGUGGGACGUGCCCUGGUGCCAGAGGAUUCUGAGGAUCUUGUCUCCCUUUGUUUGGAUUAUCUCAUUAUUUUUCCUAGCUAGCUACGUGCCGUACCGUGUGCCAAUGUUCCUGGUGGUUACAGCACUGUGUGUUAUUGGCUUUUUAGCUGGCAUGCCAGCUCAAGGUAUUUUUCAGAAGCACUCCUCAGAUGCUGCUGCACCUAGUGUGAUUGACCACCUGGCUAAAUCCGAUUCUGUAAAGGCCACUGCAGCAAGGAAUCUCCGGGUCCCUAAGCGGCGAUACAUACGGCGCGGGAAGCCUUCACCAGCCUCACCGAUGCAUAAGUUCUCAACGCAGUACUCACAUCAGACAAUCCACGAGGUCGUGCUCUCGUUGUUGCACAGCCGUGCACACUUCACCGCUCUGCUGUGGGGCUGCCUGGCUCUAACGGUGUACCGUCAUCGCUAUUUCUUCUUGCAAGUCGUGCCUUUACCAGCUCUACUGCUUCUCCUCAAGCUUGUCAGCAGUCACUUCCGCGAGCAACGCCAUCGCCUGUUCGGCAAGGUCAAGCAACCCAUUGACCGUUGCAUGGCAUCUCUGCAACGGAGGAGCGAUGCUCUUGUACCGCCGCCACUGCGGGGUAUCAUCCGCUGCGUUCUUGUUGGUGACCGAAAGGCAGCAUCAUGGCUCAAGGAAUUUGUUGAUCCUUGUGUAACAGUACUGUUGAUGGCUGCACUUAUCAUCGGUGUUCUCAUCGUGGCCUUUAUCCUCGCAGUCCAGGUGCGUCAUGAAAGCAUGCAUGUUGUGACUGCUGCUGGAUCUAUAUGGCAUGGUGUUCUGGACAGUUACCCGGACCUGAAACGGUGGUGGGGAGGUGACUUUCCCAAGAAAUUCCUAGAUUUCGUCGAUGUCGUUCAGCAGCAGACUAUUCAUCACGGUCGCUCCUGGUUGACAUCAUGGUUACGACAGGCUGCUCCGAACAAUGAGAGUGCACUCCACAUUGAGGCACAGAUCUGGGACGUGUUUGAUGCUGCCUACAACAGCUGGGGCAACCAGAGCAGUAAGAUGAAUAUUGGCGUGGUUGGUGACAGCAGCGGUGCAAGUACGAAUGCAGCUAGCUUCCUGGACAAUGCUUACAUGUGGCUGUCAGCUGACCAAUUGCCUGGUGUGUUUUCCACCAUCAGGGAGAAUAUUGGGACUCUCCAAGCGACUCUCGAUUCUGUACUGGUGGUGGUGCGUGGCAACAUGAAUCUACUGUUGACCUCAAUCACCGUUAUCUUGUCUAUUCUAAUCGGAAGCGGCUCUGCUGUGCUCAACUUCUUUUUUAGUGGGGUUAUCUUCAGCACAUCGCUGUUUUACCUCCUGUCGCUGUCACAAGAGCGCUAUGCGCCGGGAGAGUGGAUGACGUUUCUCUUUCUGCCCGGUGAUGCUGGCCAACAGCAUGAGACCAGUGAAAUGGUUGCUGCAAGUGUCCAGGGUGUGUUUGGAGCUACGCUGCAGAUGAUAACCUUUUAUGGCGUCUUCACGUACUUCACACACAGCUUGUUUGGCUUUCAGAUUGUUGUCAUUCCUGCCAUUACAGCAGCUGUGAUAGCAGCAGUUCCAUUCAUUGGUACGUACUGGGUGUCAGCGCCAGCCGUUGUCUAUCUGUGGCUUGUUGAGGAGUCAGCGCUGCAGGCCCUGCUUCUCCUCGCUCUACACACCAUUGCCUUCUACUACGUCGACAUGGCAAUCUACAGUGAGAUCAAAGGAGGAGGACAUCCCUACCUGACGGGACUUGCAGUGGCUGGUGGUGUCUAUAUCUUUGGUCUGGAUGGAGCCGUCAUUGGUCCUAUACUGCUGUGCUGUGGCCUGGUUGGCUGGCGAAUGAUACGCAAUGUCUUCAAUGAUGAUCUGCCUAUUCAAUACACUAGGUAUCACUCUGAAUCAGGAUAGAAGAUACACAUGAUACACGCGCUGUGCUCUGAUUACACGCGUGUUUAGAAUGCAGCCAAAGUCAGAUGGUUUUUUUGCGGUUUAGAGGUCUUUGUGAAUUUAUUUAUUUCCCCCUAUGAUAGAAAUCUUUUUUUUUGUCAUUCUGCUGUGACCUGAGACGCAUUGAGAUGGUUGUCUUCAUGGGAUGAGGAAGCAGGUAUAGCUUUCGAGCAUGCUAAUAGUAACAGCAGCCAUAGCAUCUUACCACGUCAGUACUGCCGGCAGUGCGGCGUGUACGUGCCUUCACAACAUUGUGUUUACUCUUUAUUUGUCGACCUGUUUUCUUUUUUUAUUGAGUUCUAAAUCUUCAGUGAAAUGUUCUGAGCUACACCCCCCCCCCCUCCCUCUCUUAGACUUAUUUUCUCCAUUCAACAUUAGCCAUGCACCCUUUUUUCUUCUUUUUAAAAUAUUCAUCUUGUAGAGCAUUCAGUGCAGAUGAUAGGAAGGUUUACACCUGUCUGCGUCUUUUAAUAAAUUCAAAGGAAGUAAAAUUCAUAA